CGUGCUUCGUUACGUUGCUAAAUUCAGUUUUCUAGAAAGAUUUUGCAGGAAACAGCAACGAUGAGUCAACCGCCGGACAAGAACGUACCCGCUAACUUGGAAGAUUCAGAUUCAGAUUCGGAUUUGGAAUCGCAAUUACCUUGCCAUAGUUGCGCUGAAAUGACUUACGGGUUGGAAAUGAAAACAAACAAUAUAUCUCACUUCGGAUAUAAUCUACGUGCUGCAAUCACUAACUGUGAAAUAAUGAUAAUAGAUUAUAAUAAAAUGCAACGAGAGCUCAGCCCAGUGGCAGGCCCAAGUAAUCCAGUGGUGCAAAUUGAUGAAAAUGCUCCAAGUUGCAGCAGCGCCAAUGCCGGGGCCGAAGCCGGGGCCGAAGCCGGCGCCGAAGACGGUGCCGAAGCCGGCGCCGAAGCCGGCGCCGAAGCCGGCGCCGAUACCGGUGCAGAUGCCGGUGCCAAAGCCAGCGCCAAUUCCGAAGUCAAUGCCGGCGCCAAUGGUGUUGCCGGUGCCAGUAACGAAAUCGAUAUAUUUUCGGAGCACCUUGAAGAGCUGGCUGACUUUAUAAGACAGAUGAACUAUCGCCGUAGCAGGAACAGCGAAAAACAAACUUUCGGAUCAUGGCUCUUCAUUUCAUAUGUUACUGGAGGUUGGGACUACGACACCGUGAGGAACUACUUUUUAGAGAAAUUCGGAGUAACUUGUAUGCGAAGUAGACCUAUCCCGGGAGCGCUUGUGACGGACAAGAAGUUCAAAGCUAUUAUUAAAUUUGAAUCGAGCGAACAACUAAACCUAGUAGUUAUGAGCUUGAGACAAAAUCAAAUUCAUGAUAAUUUUUUAUUUUUAUCAUUCGAUAAAUUGCCAAUCGACCUCGCAAGCGACUUCUCCGAUUCGGAUUCUGAUGGAUCUAGGUCUGGCUUCCUGAUCCCGGUAUCAAACGAAUUUGAAUUUAAAUAGAUAUUCUAUUUAAUUUUAUUCAAUAUUGGACCUAAUCGUCAUAUUAAAC